AUGCCGGCCACCUCAGCGCACAAGUCGCACUUUCGGACAAUCCAAACCAUUCAUCUCGACUAUGCCCCGAUUACCGUCACCCAAUAUGAGUCCACGAGGACGGGCAUGCGCGUUGUCGUUACCGACCAAGCUGGACCCAAGGUCAACGGCUAUUUUGCUCUCGCCACCGAGAUUCACGAUGACUCAGGCGCGCCUCAUACCCUCGAGCAUCUCGUCUUCAUGGGUUCGAAGAGCUACCGCUACAAAGGCCUGCUCGACAAACUCGCAACCAGAGCUUACUCCACCACCAACGCCUGGACUGCAACGGAGCAGACCGCCUACACCCUCGACACCGCGGGCUGGGAGGGCUUCGCCCAGAUCUUGCCCGUCUACCUCGAGCAUGUCAUAGUCCCCACCCUCACCGACGCCGCCUGUUACACCGAGGUCCACCACAUUGACGGCACGGGCCAGGAUGCUGGCGUCGUGUACUCCGAGAUGCAAGGCGUCCAAAAUACCCAGGAGGACCUGAUGCAACUCGCCGCCAAGCGACUCAUGUAUCCCGCCGGCAAUGGCUUCCGCUACGAGACGGGUGGCAUGAUGGAGCAGCUCCGCGUGCUGACCGCCGAUCGCAUCCGACAAUUCCACAAGGAAAUGUACCAACCCAAGAAUCUUUGCCUGGUUCUUACCGGCGAAGUCAACCACCCACAGCUGCUACACAUUCUCGAUCAAUUCGAAGAUACCAUCCUCGAAGAUGUGCCCUCCUUUGAUGCCCCUUUCCAUCGCCCCUGGACCGAGUCCAAACGCGCACCCGCGUUGGCGAAGACGGUGGUAGAGACGGUCAAGUUUCCGGAGGAAGAUGAGUCCAUGGGCGAAGUGCUUGUGGCUUUCUUCGGCCCCGAGUACAAUGAUCACAAGGAAUGCGCUGCGCUCGGCAUCCUUCUGAUCUACCUCUGCGGCUCAUCGAUUUCCGUCUUGGAAAACACUCUGGUGGAGAGGGAACAGCUAUGCAGCAUGAUCUACUACAACACCGAGCCCCGACCCAACCUCGCCAUCGAGUUCCAGAUGAGCGCCGUGGAGACUGGAAAGCUGAAGCAAGUCGAGCAUCGUCUGAUCGAACUCCUCGGCGAAGUCGCAGCCAACGACCUGGAUAUGGCGUACAUGCACGACUGUAUUCGAAGAUGGCGCAGGCAGAUCAAGAUGAAAUGCGAAGGCGGGAGCUACUUCUUUGCGAACCCGGUCAUCGAAGAUCACCUCUUUGGCUCCCGAGAUGGUCGAGAUCUCAAGCAAUUGGCCACUCUCGACGAACUCGAUGCGCUGGAGAAAUGGAGCGAGAGCGAUUGGAGAGGAUUCUUCAAGAAGUACCUCGUCGACGCCCACCACAUCUCGGUGCUGGGAGAGCCUUCCAAAGAGCUUUCCGAGCGGAUCACUGCCGACGAGAAGGAGCGUGUACAAAAGCAAAAAGAACGACUAGGCGAGGAGGGGCUCGAGAAGCUUGGGGAGAAGCUGAAAAAGGCACAGGCCGAAAACGACAAGCCUAUUCCAGACUCUGUCCUGGAAGAGUUUCCGGUACCCAGUGCGAAAUCAGUGCACUUCAUUUCCACCACCACCGCUCGCGCUGGCCUUGCACGAAAAGCAGGAAAGCCUGGGGAUAAUGAGAUUCAACGACUGAUCGACGAAGAUGAUCACGACUCGCCGCUGUACAUUCACUACGAACAUAUCCCUUCCAACUUUGUGCGCAUCAAGCUGGACAUGUGCACCGCAGCGAUACCAUUGAGGCUAAAGCCCCUCAUCUCAUUAUACAUGAUGAACCUCUUCACGACACCGGUGUACAAGGAUGGAAAGCGGAUGGAGUUUGAGGAAGUAGUUUUGGAACUGGAACGGGAGACAGUCGCAUACGGCGUCGAUUCGGAGAGUGCAAACUACGAAAUGUUGAGCAUCGCAUUGGAAGUGGAACCGGAGAGCUACGAGCGCAUUAUCGGCUGGUUGCGCAUCCUGCUGUUUGACGCCAUUCACGACGCGGAGAGACUCUACUCCUCGCUCACAAAGCUGCUUGCUGAUAUACCCGACGAGAAAAGGAGCGGAGACAGCAUGGUGUAUCAGGUCACGUCAAUGAUCCAAUACAAGCCGGAAUCGAGCGUUCGGGCGCGGAGUACGCUGGCGAAAGCGGUGUAUCUACGGCGCAUCCGCAAACUGCUCAAGGCUGAUCCGAAGGCGGCGAUUGCGCAGUUGGAUGAGCUGUGCAGAGCCUUAAGCCGACCGGAGAACUUCCGCAUCUUUGUCUCGGCGGAUAUCCAGAAGCUAUCCAAGCCCGUGUCGGCGUGGAAGAUGCUCAUCAGCGGGCUCGAGACCGGCAAACCACUUGAGCCGCUCGAUAACCGCAAGGCGCUGCUUAGCCAGGUUGGUAGAUCGCCGGGUCAUGCGGCUUACAUCAUUCCCAUGGCGGCCAUCGACUCGUCUUACGCUUUUCUGACCGGCAACGGACCCGAGGGGUAUGAUCACGCCGAUCUACCAGCCUACAUGGUGGCUCGAGCGUACAUGGACGCCGUGGAGGGUCCGUUAUGGGUGGCGGUUCGCGGGACGGGCUUGGCCUACGGCACGGGAUUCUCGAUGGCGGUGGAAACGGGCAAGCUCCUGUUCCGCAUCAGCCGCUCGCCCGACACGUUCAAGGCUUUUACUGCGGCCAAGGAGCAGGUUGAGGGGUACGCGAGUGGGAAAUACGAGAUGGACAAAUUCGCACUAGAAGGUGCGGUCAGCGAGAUUGUGCUCGGCAUGGCCGACGAGCAACCCACGUUUGCCUCGGCGGCGGAACACAGCUUUGGCAACCAGGCCAUUCGAGGCAUCAGCAAGGAGUGGAACCAUCAGAUGCUGGGCAAGGUGCAGGCGGUGACGCCGCAACAGGUGCAAGAGGCGAUGCGGAAGUACAUGGUGCCCAUCUUCCGGCCCGAGUCGUCGAACUUGGUGGUGACGUGCGCGCAAAUCAUGAAGGACACGCUCGAGGCGGGCUUCAAGGAGUACAAGCCGGAGGUGAGGACGUUGGAGAGCUUCGAGGAUGAUUAUGGGGCUCCGGAGGUGGAGGGCGAUGACGAUGACGGGGAGGAGGAGGAGGAUGGUGAUGAUGACGACGACGAAGACGAGCCUAUGGACACGCCGGAGAGCGAGGAGGAGGAUUGA